GUGAUCACAGACUGAAGCCAGACAGGCUGAGGAAACUUGUGACCAACGCAGCAGCAGCAGCAGCAGCAGAAACAACCAGCAGCGAGAUAUAAAGUGGACCGGAGCAACUCCACAGUCCUCCUUCAGUCUCUUCACCUCCCUCAGACAACAUGGACUGCGGAAUCUUCACGUCCAAGACCGUCCUCCUCUUCCUCAGCUUGGUGUUUUGGGCUGCAGGAGCCGCGUUGGCCUAUGUCGGUGCCUAUAUGCUCAGAAGCUAUGACAACUUCGACCACUUCAUUCAAGACAAGUACACAUUGAUCCCGGCAGCUAUCAUCAUCGGCGUCAGUGUGGUGAUGUUCAUUUUUGGUCUGGUGGGAUGCUGCGCCACACUCCGGGAGUCCAAAGUCGGCCUUAGCUUUUUCUUUCUGAUCAUCAUGCUGAUCUUUGCAGCUGAAGUGGCUGCUUUGGUCUUUAGCUUUAUUUACCAAGGCAAGAUAAGUGGCGACCUGGAGCGCUCGAUGAACAAUGUCUUCAUGAAAUAUGAUGGACAGAACGCUGAGACCAGAGCUGUGGACUACCUGCAGACUGAGGUGCAGUGCUGUGGUGUCAGAAAUUACACCAGCUGGUCCAACACGACCUGGUUUGCAAGCCACAACAACACAGUGCCUCUGUCCUGCUGUAAAAACCGUACCUCCACACAGUGCACUGGCAGACUGGAUCAACCGGACCUGCUCAAUGUAGAGGGUUGUGAGGCCAAGCUGGAUAUCUUCCUACAGGGUGUGCUGGGUUACGCCAUGCUGGUCAUUCUGGGCUUCGCCAUCAUCAAGUUCUUUGGGAUGCUGAGCGUAUGUGUGAUCACCUGUAAAACCGGCGGCCGGAGGAGUGGCUACCAGCCUCUUUAUGCCUGAACAACUUACUGCAUCCACCUACCACCUCCUACUUUUGAUUGACUAGGUUUGCUGACUGUUUACAAGGCAGUUUACAGAAGCAUCCAGGGCGAUCAUUGUACAAAGUAUUAUUUAAAUAAUGGCAUAUACAGUAUACACAUGGGGCAAACCUUGUCUCAGUCGGAAGGAUAUCCUACUGGAGCAUUCUUCCACAGAGGAAAUCAGCAUAAGUGUUCCUCUGACUUGUUAAAUCAUUUUGCUGAAUGUGGACGUGGCUUUCAACUUUGAGAUAUUGUCUAAAUGUUAUGAUUUUUAUGAUAAAGUUUCCAUAUGGUUACUGUAGGAUCUCAGCCAACAAUGGCCUUCCUUUGGCAGAAUAGACGUGACAUAUCAUAGAAAGUAAAUAAUAGAAAAUGUUGAUCCCUGUUGGAUUUUAUUUGCUGAAAGCUCUUACUCUCCAAAGCAGCUUUUAGUUUCUAAUGCUGACUGUCAACCUGGUGCAGCUGCCAUCACAUCACAGGAGAGAAAAGGUGACAGGAAGGAAAACCAUUUUGGACAUUCAGGCUUCAACCUGUAAAUCUUGCCUAGCCUUCUCACUCUCCUGCAUCAUGUAGAUAUUCUUUUAAAGAACAUUUUCUUUGUAGGUAAUAUAAUGAAGAACUUCAAGCUAUAUUUUAAGCUUUUUGUGAUUGUGAACACAAGGACAGCAGUUUAAUGCCUUAUUUAGGUAUACAUAUAGAAAAUGUUAUGGUCAGUUACAACUGUAUUGAAUUAAGUUGCAGUUCUAUAGUUUGACUUUGGUUGUGUUUAUUAUGUUUCUAAAUUAAACAGGUGAAUAUUUCCCAAUAUGAUGCAGUCCUAUCAUAUUAUUAUCUUGCCUUGUCCUCUGUGUUUUUUGUGUUUUUAACAUAUUGUAAUGUUUAAAAAAAAGGGUUAUUUGCAGAGUGCACAUUCAAAGCACAACACUAAAUGUGACACAUGCUGGUUAUCUCUCUCUCUCUUACCUCCUGACUCUGCUGAUAAAGAGGCCCUUAUUGCCAUUUCGCCUAAGCCUUGUCAGUGUUAGAAAAGAUAAAUGAAAAUAUAAACCCCAGGGUCAUCAGGGAACACAGAUUAAAGGAUAGGAUGCCUAUUGAUGAGGCUGUAGAUACAACUGAGUUCAACCAUUAAUUACAUUUGAAUUGACAUGAUCCCCUGAUUACCUUUUUCAUUAAUGAGAAAUUCAAAACCUAAUUUUCUCUCCUGUAAUAAUCAAAUAUCCAUUACAGCAUCAACUGCAACACUUUAUCAUGCAUAUUCACAUUUGUCGCUGUUGCGCGUUGAGGUGCAGUAACAAAGGCACUCCUGCAGGUGGUGUUAGAGAACCUGCAGUUGUGAAGGGGCCCAAAAAACACCUAAUAUGUAUCUCUGUCGGGAUAAUAGAAGAUAUGUGCGUUCACUUAUUGUCUUUCAGUUAAUAUGUUAAUAUAUUAAAG